AUGGCUGUAGUGCAGAAAGCAAGAGUUGUACAGAUUGAACAAUGUUUUAUGGGAGCUGCCCAGAAGCCAGGGCCCCAUGGGGACUUCCGCUUUCCUGAUGGGAAGCCCCAGAUAGCAAGCUGUUAUGAGGAAGGGUGGCACCAGGGUACUCUAUGCUGGAAUCAGGAGAGCGGGUUUGAGCAACUCACUCCCUGCCUCAUUUCCAGCCACAGUGACUUCCGGCAGGCACUGAGUCUGUGCCGGGAGAAUCUUACAUCCGCCAGUGCCCUUUGGACGCCACCUGGGGAAUGCUCUCCCUUUUCCCAAACGUACCUCGGCUCCCGCGUCGACCUCCCAUCCAGCAGUCCUAGGUACCCAACGCCACUUCUGGUACCUCAGCUCACAUCUGGCGCCUCUAGUGUCGCGUGUCGUCUCGGCCAAGGAUCCCACAAGGUGGCGUCCCGAGGUUCCGCCGAGGGUCCGCUCCGCGGCGCCAGAGAGCCCGCAGGCGCAGGUGGCCUUGUCCGCGUGGGCUCCGAACGGCGGCGGCUCCGCCAGGCAGUACAGGAAGCGACGGACGGCCGGGACCCCCUGCCUUGGGCAGCCGGGCGUGGAGGAGGCAACGGCGAGUGUCGCGGUGUGGGCAAGCGGGCCGAGUGGUCCCCUCAGCCUCCGGACCCGGCCAUGCUGCGCUGGCUGCAGGACUUCCUGCUGGAGGCGGUGGCCUGCCAGGGUGACGAUGACUAUUUACGCUACAGGAUCCUUUUCGAAGACCUGGACCACAAUGGGGACGGCGUGAUGGACAUCGUCGAGCUCCAGGAGGAACUGAAAAACUGGAGCUCCGCGUUUACCCGAACUCCGAUGAGAAGUCUACCACGAAGCUCUGUGUCAUCAAUCCUCAUUGCCUCCCAAGUUCAGGCUACUUGCCUCUGCUGUUUGGCGCCUACAAGCUUCUUUUCCACACUUUGCUCUGCUGGCAUGACGCCUAAUGGUAGCUGCAGACAGGCUGAAUGUUUCCUGGAGCUGGUGCAGUUGCACGAGGCAGAGGAGCCCAGAGUGCUGCAAUGUGAAGGCUGAAGAGAAUGUGUGUUUCUGCUGCGUGACCUUGAGUUCUUCUGUCUGCUAACUAAAAGAUAGUCCAAGAAGCACUAAUGAAGCAGUACAUGUUCAUCUGGCAAUAUAUCAUGAAAAUACACCAGGAGAUUACUAUAAAAUGCAGUGGUAUAUAUUUUACAUAGGUAACAUGUGGAAACUUCACAGUUGUGAAUCUGUGAACUUGCUUGAGCAGAAUGUCUCAUUUGAGUCUCAGGUAAAGCACAUACCUUGUAAGUUUCUUCUUCCCUGCCCACUUGUACUCUGUCCAGCAGGGAGAACUAAAGAUAUGUGAUCAGCAGAUGAGGACCAUGUCUAGGAUACCUUUAAAAAUCUACAAUUAACCUGUUUUCCUGUGUUUCACAUUGGGGUAACAUACCUCAGCCUACUAAAUAGGAACUGUCUCUUUCCUAAACCCCAGACCUAAUUCCCGCUGUUCCUCCAACUACUCCAGGCCUGAUUUGUGUUCCAAUUCUGCAACUAAGGUUAGAACCUGGUGGAGAGUCCUAGACAAUACGAUGGAGAAUCCUAGACAAUAUGAUUUCUGGGACCCAGGUAUUUUGCCUGCUGGCAGGAAUGUAAACUAGUACAACCACUGUGGAAAACAGUAUGAAGAUUCCUUAAAGGACUAGAUGUAGAACUACCAUUUGAUCCAGCAAUCCCACUUCUUGGUAUUUACCCAGAGGAAAAGAAGUCAUUAUACGAAAAGGAUAUUUGCACGUGUGCUUAUAGCAGCACAAUUUGCAAUUGCAAAAACAUGGAACCAGCCCAAAUGCCCAUCAACCAAUGAGUGGAUAAAGAAAGUGUGAUUGAGAUAUAUACAUAUACAUAGUGGUGUGUGUGUGUGUAUAUGUAUACCAUGGAAUACUACUCAACCAUAAAAGGGAACAAAAAAAUGGCAUUGACAGCAAUCUGGAUGGAGUUGGAGAUCAUUAUUCUAAGUGAAGUAAUGCAGGAAAGGAAAACCGAACAUUGUAUGUUCUUACUUACAAGUGGGAGCUAAGCUAUGAGGAUACAAAGGUGCAAGAAUGAUACAAUGGACUUUGAGGACUUGAGGGGAAGUGUGGGAGGGCAGUGAGGGGUAAAAGACUACACACCGGGUACAGUGUACACUGCUUGGGUGACUGGUUCACCAAAAUCUCAGAAAUCAUCACUAGAAAAGUUAUCCAUGUGACCAAAACAACCUGUUCCUUCCAAACUAUUGAAAUAUAAUAAAUUAAAUUAAAUUAAAUUAAAAAGCAAGUACAAUGCAUUAAUGGUCUAAAGAUCAGAACUCUCUCCUACAUUUUUGGUUCCCAUGUGGGUCCCCCAGGAUUCCUGUAACUUCUUUGGGAGAGGAAGACUUGCUGGGAGUCUCAACAUCCCCAAAGCCUUUUCUCAUCCCAUGAUUACUUACAUCACUGAAUGAGGGCAAGUCAGUGAGGGCACACCAGUGCUUCCUCGAUAUUCUGCCCAGCAAGCAGUUAUCUCAUGGAUUAGGUUGCCCAAAAGCCCUUCAAGUCUUCCUAAAAUUCAGUAUCAUCAGCACUGUGUUUAGCACAAAUUCCUAUAAUUUCUGAAGUAUGGCUAGUACCUCAUCGUACAUUCUACUGAUGAUGUACAUUUUCUCUUAUUUAUGCAUUUUCUAUUAGAGAUAAUUGUAUUGAUACAAAAGGAAGGCUCUGAGAGUGGCUGGCCUACACAGCCAGUUGGUGGCUCAGCAUGAUCUAUAGUCCUCUUUCCUGAUAUGUACCCUAGUGAUCCUUUAAUGUCACUGUGCCUUCUAAACAGUACAGAACUAUGAAUGCAAGAAUGUUGCUUGACAUUUUGAUUUUAGUUUUAUUAUUAAGAUAUGACAUGAGAGAAUUAGAAAGUAUCUCAAAUUUUUAUGACUUUUUAAAUUUUAUUUUAUAACAUAAAAAUUAAUUUAUAAUAUCAAAAGCCUUGAGAAGGAAAGAGAUAAGUCAAGGGCCAGGUGCAAGGGCUCACCUGGCAGGUGGAUCACCUGAGGUCAGGAGUUUGAAACCAGCCUGACCAACACGGCAAAACCCCGUCUCUAGUAAGAAACAAACAAACAAAGAAUAACCAGGCAUGGUGGCAGAUGCCUGUAAUCCUAGAUGCAGGGGAGGCUGAGGCAGGACAAUCAGUUCAACCUGGGAGGUGGAAGUUGCAGUGAGCUGAGGUCAUACCAUGGCACUCCAGCCUGGGCAAAAGAGCAAGACUCUGUCUCAAAAAAAAAAGAAAGGAGAUAAGUCAAGAUGGAUCCUACAGGAUAGAUUAAAUAAAAAUGGCAUGAUUUACAAAAUCAGUUCAGACAAUUUUGAACUGGUUCUGAAUUUAAUGUAUAUUUCAUACAUUUGCACUUUAAAAUACCAUUAUUAUCAAAUUUAAGCCUUAUAUCUUUUAAAAAUGUAACUUUAUUAUGUUUGAAUCUCUAUAUAAAUUAUUUCCAGUAAAAUACUUUUUAAACAUAGAAAAUAACAUAUUAGUAUUUUUCUAUGUAAUCAAUGAAGUAAUCAUUUACCUUGACAGAAUACAUAUUCUAUGUUUGGAAUAAACUUUCCAAAGUGCUGAUUAAUUUAAUUUAAUAUUCUGUUGAGUUUUUGCUAUGUUGCAUUUACGAUAUACAAAACCUUUACCACUGUGUAAGCAGGAAAAUGACUCCCACAGUCACCGUAAAUUGAGAAGAGGGCUUUUUUUAAACCUUAGGUAGUCAAAAUAGACUGGCCUUUGUAGUUAUGCCACUGACCUUUCCCCUAAGUUUACUUGAUUGGCAGUGAAAUAGUUUUGUCAAGUGCUCUGGGAAGUUAGGUUGCGUUGGUCAUCAAACUGAGAAUCUAUACAGGUAUCACUCAUAGAUUAUACUUCAUCUAUUUUUAUUUUUACAUAAUGUACUAUGUGAUGACCUGUAUGAAAUAAUGACCUACUUUGAGGGAAUAGUCAAAGUAUUUUUAUUUUCCAAUUCAGGCUUUAAUUACUGUUUAGCCACGUACCCUCAGACAAUCUAUCAACUUAACUCUUAAGAGGUGGAUAAUGCAUGAGUCUAUAUAGCUUUGAAAAGAGAAAGCAAUCUAUGAUGACAUGGAGUACAUGAGAGAGGGCAAUCCUUUCUUAAUACCAAAUUCUACUUUCAAUUCAACAAUACUUUGUCAAAUGUCAUAACUGUUCACUUUUGCACUAUUUGUAGAACUCAAAUGUUUUCAUAUUUAUACUUCACAGUCAAUUAAUAUGGAAGUUACUGAGUUGUUUGUUUGUUUGUUUGUUUUUGAGAUGGAGUUUUGCUAGUGUUACGCAGGCUGGAGUGCAAUGGUGUGAUCUCGGCUCACCGCAACCUCCACCUCCUGGAUUCAGGCAAUUCUCCUGCCUCAGCCUCCUGAGUAGCUAGGAUUACAGGUACGUGCCACCAUGCCCAGCUAAUUUUUUGUACUUUUUAGUAGAGACGGGGUUUCACCAUGUUGACCAGGAUGGUCUUGAUCUCUUGACCUCGUGAUCCACCCGCCUCGGCCUCCCAAAGUGCUGGGAUUACAGGCGUGAGCCACCACACCCGGCCCCGAAGUUACUGAGUUUGAUGUACUCUAUCUUGGGAAAAGGAGAGGGAAGAAAGGGCAAGUGAUAUACUGUUCUUGGAUUCCUUCCCAAGAUGUUAUUAUUUUCUAAACAACAGGUAUAUGUUCUAGGUACUGGGGAUUCCAGAGAAAAGAUAUUAUUUUCCUCUCAAUAAGCUCACUCACUGGUAGGACAUAUAUUUAAUUGUUAGGUCAGGAUACCUGACAUAUUCUUAGGAAUUCUUCCACUCUAAGAGUUUUGUUUUGAGAGAUUUGUUUUCCACCCUUCUAAGCUGGGUAAAAGACACACAAAACCAGCUAUCAAAUCAAUUCCUUUUCAAAACUGAGAAUAAAAAACCUAACCAAAGUUAAUGAGAAGAGGUCUGCUUUUGAAAAGACAGUAAAUGCAUCAUGGUUAACACCAUACUAACCAUAAAUUUACCAUGCUGCUAUGAGAUAUAGCAAAUUCAAGUCCCUUAUCCUUUCCGAUGGUCCUUUGACAGGAAAAGAAAAUGUGUAUUCUUCGGAAACUAAAGUGGCCGAGCACUGUGGCUCACACCUGUAUUCCCAGCACUUUCGGAGGCCCAGGCGGGCAUAUCGUUUGAGGUCAGGAGUUCAAGACCAACCUGGCCAACAUGGUGAAACCCCAUCUCUACUAAAAAUAGAAAAAUUAACCAGGCAUGGUGGUACACACCUGUAGCCCAGCUAAUUGGGAGGCUGAGGCAGGAGAAUUGCUUGAACCAGGGAGGUGGAGGUUGCAGUGAGCUGAGAUCAUGCCACUGCAUUCCAGUCUGGGCAACACAGUGAGUCUCACAAAAAAAAAAAAAGUAAAACAUAAAAAAUGAAAAACAAUCAUCUCGAUGCAGAAAAAGCUCUUGACAAAAUUCGACAUCCUUUAUGAUACAAACACUCAGCAAACUAGGAUAGAAGAAAAAUACCUCAACAUAAUAAAAGCCAUAUGUAAAAAAAUCUACAGCAAACAUCAUACACAAUAGUGAAGGGCUGAAAGCUUUUCUUCUAAGGUCAGGAACAAGGCAAGGAUAUCCACUUUCACCACUUCUAGUCAACAUACUGGAAGUCCUGGCCAGAGCAAUUGAUCAAUUCAAAGAAAUAAAAGGAAGAAGUAAAAUUUUCUCUGUUCACAGAUAUGAUAUGUAGAAAACUCUAAAGAUACCAUACACCAAAAAACUUAGAAUAAAUGAAUUCAGCAAAGCAGCAGGAUACAGUCAAUGCAAAAAAUCAGUUGCAUCUUGAUACACUAAUAACGAACAAUACAAAGAGAAAUUAAGAAAACAAUUCUGUUUAAAAUAGCAUUUAAAAACUUAGGAAUUAACUAAACUGAGAAAGUAAGAGAUGUGUACACUGAAAACUAUAAAACAUUGGUAAAUAAAGAAAGACAUAAAUAAAUGAAAAAACAUCCCAUGUUCAUGGAUUAGAAGACUUAAUAUUGUCAAAAUGUCAAUACUACCCAAAGUGAUCUACAGAUCCAAUGCAAUCCCUAUGAAAAUCCCGGUGACCUUUUUUUUUUUUUAACAGAAACAGAAAAAUCAGUUUUAAUAUUCAUAAGGAAUCUUAAGGGACCCUGAAGGGGUAAAACAAUCUUGAAAAGGAAAAUUGGAGGACUCGCAUUUCCUGAUUUUAAAACUCACUAUAAUUGAAACAGUGCAGUACAGGCAUAAAGACAGAUAAAUAGACAAAUAAAAUAGAAUAGAGAGCUCAGAAAUAAACCCCAGUAUGUAUAGUCAAUGUUUUCUUACAAUAAUACUAAGACCAUUCAGUGGGGAAAGGACAGUCUUUUCAACAAAUAGUGCUGGAAAAACUGAAACAGGCAAAAGAAUGAAAAUGGACUAUUACCUAAACCCAUAUACAAAAAUUAAUUCAAAAUGAAUCAAAGACCUAACAAAAGAGUUAAAACUAUAAAAUUGUCAGAAGAAAAUAUAGUACAAAAUCUUCAUGCUAUUGAAUUUGGCAACGAAUAUGACACCAAAGACACAGGCGAAAAGCAAAGAGAUAAAUUGAAUUUCAUUAAAAUGUCAAACUUUUGUGCAUCCAAGGACAUUAUCAGUAGCAUGAAAAGACAGCCUACAGAAUGGGAGAAAAUAUUUUAAAAUCAUAUAUCUGAUAAGGGAUUUAUAUCUAGAAUAUGUAAUGAACUAAUCUAAAACUCAACAACAGAAAAACAAUUCAAAAAUGAGCAAAAGACUUAAAUAGACAUGUCUCCAAAAGAUAUACAAAUGGUCAGUAAGCAUAUAAAAAAAUUGUUCAACAUCACUACAUAUUAGGGAAAUGCAAAUCAAAAACACAAUGAGAUACCAUCUCACAUCUACCAGGAUGGCUACUAUAAAAAAACAAAAAAUAGAAAAUAAGUGUUGGUAAGGAUAUUGAGAAAUUGAAAUCUUUGUGCACCAUUGAUGGGAAUAUAAAAUGUUACAACCACUGUGGAACACCUUAUGGUGGUUCCUCAAACCGUUAAAAAUAGAAUUACUAUGUGAUCCAGCAAUUCUACUUCUGGAAGAAUUGAAAGUAUGGUCUCGGGGUCCAAAGUGGCUCCCGCCGGAGGUCAUGGCGCUCGCGAAGGCGAGGUCAUCAGUUCAAGGCUAACCUGAGCAACCUCAUAAGCUCAAACUGAUUGGCAAAAAAAAAAAAAAAAAGAAAGUAUGGUCUCAAAGAGAUCACUGCAUACCCAUGGAUAUGGUUUAGCUGUGUCUCCACCCAGAUCUCAUCUUGAAUUUCCACAUGUUGUGGGAGGAACCCAGUGGGUGGUAAUUGAAUCAUGGGGGCAGUCUUUCCCUGCUGUUCUUGUGUUAGUGAAUAGGUCUCACAAGAUCUGAUGGUUCCAUAAGGAAAGAUCACCACCGGAAAAAAAAAAAGCUGCUUGAGUAUCCUCCUGUCAUACAUUCACAGCAUUCCAUACAUUGUUUUGGCUAAUUUAUCAACGAUUAGAAAUUUUUAAAGGACUUUUUCUAUGCAAACUCUAAGAGCUCAAGUUUUGUUUUGAAUAGAAAUGCAGCUAUAUUUACCUCUAUUUAUGUACAUCUCAAUACAUUUUCUAAUAAAUGUUUAUUGUAUACUGACUAAUCCUCAUUUCAUUCUUAGGUUCUGCCUUUCCUCUGUUUUCUAAUUGGACUGAAACAUUGGGCUCUGACUUUGCUCUCUGAAUUCACUUUUAUAUCCCCUCUUCACAAAGUAAAAAACUUUCUGAAACCUUUGGUCUCUGCCAUGCACUGGGAACCUCUCUUCAUCUGCUUUGUCUGACUACCAACUUUAACCCAGCAAGGACAACUAAAUGUAACCUCUUCUUUUAAAAAAAACUAUUAUUAAAAGUCUACCAUAUGUUAAGUGCUAUAAUAGAUGCUUCAAAUGCUUUCUUUUUUUCACCUAAUAUUCAUGCCAAACCUGCAAGUGAGGUCUUGUUCUAUUUUAUGGGUGAAUCAACUGUGAUUUAGAGUGAUUAAAACUAAUCCAAGGUUUGUUUGCCUCUGAAGUCUGUUUUCUAUUUCAUUUUUAAAAAACUCUCUCCGAUUUUCCAUACCUCUAUAUCAUCAUAUUCAAGUCUUCCACUUCUCCAAUUUCAACUCUAUUUCUUUUCCCACCUUCCCUUUUGCUUCUCACUGGCUAUAUCUGGAUAUUUCAAAAGUACAGAAUAAAUUGUUCAAUUUAGAAGGGAUUCUGAAAACACGACUCUGAAUUUUACCAAAUAAAAUUAUGACAUUAUAAUAAUGGUGCACCAUAAAAUAAAGUGCACAGAAAAUGCCAAAGAAUAUCAAAACCAAAUAUAAGGCAGCCCCAUCCAUUUCAGAUCCACAAGGUCACAGGAUUACCACCUAAUUAUAAAUAAUACCCCCAAAUAACUCUUUUCCUUUCAGAAAGCAUAUGCACAUACACCCAAACCUGGAGAAAGUCUUCUGAUCACAGCCCUCCUCCCACUCCCCAAGUGCAUUAACAUCAAUGUGUUAGAAAGCACUAGAGUCACUGCCAAAUAGUUGAGGUUAUCCAUCAGAUGUUUUUCAAUGAGAGCCUUCUCCUGACAACUACAGCAUGAGAUUAUUGUGUAUAUAUAGAUCACUGUCAUGCACAGGACAGGCACAGGACAAAUGUGCAUUAAAAUGAGGGCUGCACAUGGCACCACUGUAGCCCUAGACUGCAAAUUCAUUGUCAUUCCAAGAACUUCACAAAUAGUACAAUAUUGUGACUACUCUUUUUUU